AUGCCACGUUUAGUUCGACGCCGGCCGUUUCUUGAACGAUUAAAAACAUACCUGAACCCGCUUGAUUUCCUGUUAUGGCUAUCCGAAGAAUUUGACUCAAAUGACUGGGAACGACUGGAAAAAGAAUGGGCUAUUCCUCUCGGCGUCGGGGUCAAUAUCGUCUUCCUUAUUGCGCGCGCAAAUAGUCGCAAUCGCAGCAAAGCGUACGAUGAUGUAUUUGGGGAAGCUGGCGGCAUAAGCUACUUGACCUGGCUGGCUUCCUUUAUAGUGCACUUUCUCGCCCUCCUAUCUGUUGUCAAUACGGUUUACACAUUUAGUCGGAAACGUAAUUAUCGAUUAUUCGAAGCGCCGAUUGACAAUGUACCCACUACGCCUUCAGCACAACGAGUUCAUGUUAAUUCAUCACCAAGCACUUCUUCUCCCUUCCGCCUCUUAUCCAACGUAUUCUCUUCUAGUUCUGCAGAAAGCCGGUCCCAUCCUCGACCGGAGCGAGAUGUGUGGCAGGUUGGAGUCUGGGAUCCUCAUCCUUUGGCCAUUAGGCUAUUCUGUCUGUUCAGCCCAGGACAUGUGCUCGUGUAUUGGCUUUUCCUCCCGACACUGCCAUCCGACCCACGACCUAGUGUCACGAUCGUGACAACCAUCUUUCUUACCACUCUCCUAAGUAUCCAGAUGUCCACGCUAGCGUCUUUAUACACGCAGCAGUCCAAGGAUGCCAUGCUAGUUCACAAGGAGGUCCUAAAUGAAUAUGACGUAAAAUACGUUCAUCCUCGAACCCAGCCUUUGAUGCGUAAUGUCGGGACACAGUUCAACACCGCUGAUUCCUACCAAUCUCACAAAGAUGACAAAUAUAAUACUGUUGAAACUUAUACUCCCAUCGUGAUGCGCCAUGGUUUCAAGACAAAUCCUAACCCGAACUAUAUGCGUCAUAUUGACCCUGAACGCUCCUCAGAGGCACACAGCACACCCCGCAGCCCGUCGUUUUUCACACCAAUGACAUCUCGACCUGAUCCAGUACGAGUGUCAAGUGUGCAAACUCCAAACUACGGCGCAGACUCCCCAAUCGUGUCUCAAAGCGCUAUAAAACAGCCCAAAUUUUAUCCGUCCCCCAGCAGAGGUGAUGGCGGUAGUUUGGGAAUAUACACGCAUGCCCAAUCUCCACUACGAAAAGCCGCAUCAACGCAUUUUGACCAGCGUCGCGGCAUUCGUCAGUCUAGUGAUUAUGAUAAAAGAGAGGCUAUGCAAGGCCCUACAAAAAGACCAAGCAGUCCUCUUAAAAGAACAAGUGUUCCUGGAGGGUUGAGCACAUCUAUCGCUGCCCAAAGAUGGGGACAUCUCGCCAAUAGUGGCCGAGGAAGAAGGGAUAGUGACAGAUUUUGA